GUAUGAUUGAUAUUUCUCCAACACAUGCACAGAUCCCCCCGGUCCAUUGGUGGCGCUAGAAUAGAGCCUCUCAAACCACAGAAGAAGAGUCGAUGUCAAAAGAGGCAGAAGAAGAAACAGUGGCGCUAGCAAUGGCGGUAUUUUGGCUGCAAAAAUAAACAAUACAGCUUGAAAUUGAUACUGUCGUGAUAAUACCUUUAAAUCAAGUAGUAAAGCUUGUCCUCGGAGGUCUAUCUGUAGAAGAAAGCGAACAUCGUCAUCUCUUUUGGAGCCAUUUGAAGCUGCACAUCCCUGUGUUGUUGGUGCAGCGAGCAGCCAUCAUCUCAUUGUUGAGGAAACAUUUCUGCCUUAUCCUCUAAGUAUCCUGACCAUUAACGAUGCCACUGGGUUUGAAACCGUGUUGUGCUGUCUGCAAGACAAACUCUUCGUCCAUGUGGAAGAAAGGAAACCAGGGGGAGAUCCUCUGUAACAACUGCACAGGAAAGAGCAGCAGCGGCGGGGCCACCGGACCCUCCAUGUCCUCCAACACUCUGCCCAGCAAUGGCGGGGGAAAGCAGUCCAAGCAGGAGAUCCACAGGAGGUCGGCACGGCUGAGAAGCACCAAGUACAAAGCUCCUGCCUCUGAGAAGAAGGUGUCAACUAAAGGAAAGGGAAGAAGACACAUAUUCAAACUCAAAAAUCCAAUCAAAGCACCAGAAUCAGUUGCUACAAUCAUCACAUCAGAAUCAGUAUUUUAUAAGGUACAGUGGUUUCUGCUUAAUAUCAAAAAAGAUCAUAGUCCAGAGGAGGAUCUACCCAGAAAGAUGGAGUAUCUGGACUUUGUUUGUCACGCCCCCUCUGAAUACUUUAAGUCACGUAGCUCCCCGUUCCCCACCAUCCCCAACAGACCAGAAAAAGGCUACGUCUGGACCCACAUAGGACCCUCCGCAGCGCUCACUGCCAAAGAGUCCAAUUUGUAUGUAGAAUUAAGGGCGAACAAGUCUGACCAUAAAUGCAAACUGAAAGAUGUUCGACCACCAAAGAAGACAGCUGAUAGAGGAAACGGCAUCCACCUCCAGGUCAAUAAACAGACACAGAAGAAGAGCAGCCAUGCUGGUGUCACAGAGUGUAACAUGGUGUCUGAUGAGGACACUCAGCAGGAGUGGGUGUUCACACUGUACAACUUUGACAACAGUGGCAAGGUCACCAAAGAGGAGAAGACAGCAUCCCAGGAGGCAGGGAACCCAGUAAGAGGACUUUAUUGUGUGGAUGAAAACAUUGAGCGCAGAAACCACUACCUGGAUCUAGCCGGCAUUGAAAACUACACGUCCAAGUUUGACGGUACAGAAUCCGCUACCCAGGAGCCCAGUCAGGAUACUUGCUCAGCUCCCAAGCACCGCCCUGUGGUCAGCACAGUGAACUGCAUGUCUCCUGGAGGCCAAUACACCCCAUAUUCCCUGAAAAGCAAGGCCAUGGGAAAGGACAGGCAUGGAGGUGAUAGAAAGUCCUGCAGGUUACAUGGCCAGCACCCUGCUUCCUGGUGCCAUCCCUCUCAGCCUGCAGCACACAGCGCCCUGCAGCGCAGUCACAGCAGGAGGCUGCGCACCAGGGGACACGAGGCUGCCUCCAGACCCCCGCCUGAAAUACCUUCAGACAGUCAUCCCUCCUGUGGAGCCCCUGCUUCUCAAACCAAGAGACAUGAGCACCAUCACGAGCACCAUCAUCAUCAUCACCAUCACUACCACCCUUCGUAG